CCCUCCAGGGCCGCCGCUGCGCACUGGGCGGGGCGGGUAAGCUCCUCCUGCUCGGGCACCGGAGCGGCACAGCCGGGACGGCGGGUCUACGGAGCGGGAGCUGCUUCCCCCAGGCUCGUCCCGGCGCUGCCGUCGGAGCGGAGCGGAGCGGAGCGGAGUGGAGAGGCGGCGCCGCCACUGCCGUGCGCGGCCCCAGCACCUGCCGCGAGCUGGAAUGUUUGCUGCUUUUCCUACAGGGUUAUAAGCUUUGAUAUUCAGAAGACCAAACUGAAAGAUGCCAUCUGAGAGGUGCCUGAGUGUUCAGGAAAUGCUGACAGGUCAGAGGCUUUGUCAGUCCAGCUCCCAUAAUGAUGCUGUCCUGGCAGCCCUGAACCAACAAAGAAGUGAUGGCAUACUUUGUGAUAUUACUCUUAUUGCUGAAGAGCAGAAAUUUCAUGCACAUAAAGCAGUCCUGGCAGCCUGCAGUGACUACUUCCGAGCAAUGUUUAGUCUCUGCAUGGUUGAAAGUGAAGCCGAUGAGGUGAAUUUACAUGGUGUCACAAGCCUUGGUUUAAAACAAGCCCUGGACUUUGCAUAUACUGGACAGAUCCUCUUGGAACCAGGGGUGAUUCAGGACGUCCUGGCAGCUGGGAGUCAUUUACAGCUGCUGGAGCUUCUCAGUUUGUGUUCUCACUAUCUCAUUGAGGAGUUAAAUAGUUUUAAUUACUUGGACCUGUAUAAGCUUGCGGACCUCUUCAACCUGACUUUGUUGGAGAAUGCAGUCAUUGGCUUCCUAGUAAAACAUCUCUCUGAGCUACUGAAGAGUCAUCCUGAAGAAGUUCUGGCACUCCCAUACUGUCUUCUUCGAGAGGUUUUUAAAAGCGAUAGACUCACUUCACUCAGUGAAGAACAGAUCUGGCAGCUGGCUGUAAGGUGGUUGGAACACAACUGCCGCUACCAGUACCUGGAUGAGCUUCUCCAGUACGUCCGCUUUGGCCUUAUGGAUGUGGAUACAUUGCAUACUGUAGCUCUUACUCAUCCUCUUGUCCAAGCAAGUGAAACUGCGACAGCACUCAUUAACGAGGCCUUGGCUUACCACCAGAGCGUCUAUGCACAGCCAGUUUGGCAAACCGCAAGGACAAAACCCCGCUUCCAGUCAGACACUCUCUACAUUAUUGGUGGGAAAAAACGUGAAGUCUGUAAAGUGAAGGAAUUGCGAUACUUCAAUCCAGUAGAUCAGGAGAACGUUCAUAUCGCAGGGAUUGCUAACUGGAGUGAGCUGGCGCCUAUGCCUGUAGGGAGAAGCCACCACUGUGUUGCUGUCAUGGGAGACUUUCUUUUUGUAGCUGGUGGAGAGGCAGAGCACUCCACAGGGCGCACGUGUGCGGUGAGAACAGUCUGUCGAUAUGACCCUCGCACUAACUCUUGGGCUGAGAUAGCUCCGAUGAAGAACUGUCGGGAACACUUUGUGCUGGGAGCCGUGGAUGAGUACCUGUAUGCCGUAGGGGGGAGAAAUGAAUUGCGUCAAGUGUUACCUACAGUGGAACGCUAUUGCCCCAAGAAGAACAAGUGGACCUUUGUUCAGUCCUUUGAUCGAUCGCUCUCAUGCCAUGCGGGAUAUGUGGUGGAUGGUCUUCUUUGGAUAUCAGGUAGAAAACGUUUCACACAGUUUGAGCUGUCCUUUUGGAAUGGAAAUACAUGACCCAGCAUUGUGUUUCUGAUGUGUCUCCUGUAGUUUAACGUUCUGGAGGUAAUCAUCCAAAUAACUAUGAUUUUUAUUUUUCAAAAUGCUAAUCUGACAUCUCAUUUUAAACAUUGUGCUGGGAGUGAAAAUAACUGUAUGUAAAAGAAAAUCAAAUUACAAAACAGAUAUUAGAAAAGAUGGGUUUGUGCGUGUGGCUGAUGGCUACUAGGACUGUGGAGGCUGCACAACAGUGUAGAGACAAAUAACAGAUUGUGAGUUUAGACACAGGAGCAGUCAUUGGUUUCCAAUGCCUGUUCUCGUGUGUGCACAUCACAGGUUCUGUGUUGAGCAGGGUGCAGCACAGUGUGAUGGAAAUGGUUUGCAAAGGCUGCAUCUCAUCCUAGCUCUCUCUGAACCUGUAAGUGUCUCUGAGCUGGGAGUUUGUGCCAUUGUCCAUGUCAGGCCCAGCACAGGUUGGUGCUUGCUGAGAUGCACCCAAUUAACAGCGUUAUUUCUCCCUGCUACUGCAGCUGAAGAGGACUCUAAAAUAGAUACAUCCAUAGUUUCUGCUAUCCAUUGAUCAAAUUCUCAGCCUCACUAAAAUUAUUUGGAGUAAUCAGAGGGUACUUGUAUGUUAGCAAGUAGCUCAACCCAGUAGGAGCAGAUCAGCACUAAACUUUGGUUCUGAGUUCUUUAUAUUUAUUCCAUGUACAUGUUCACAUCUUUUGCUUUGGACUAGAUUUGUUCUGGUCCUUUGGCCCAAAUGUUCCCAGUACUAAGAUGGAACAAAGCUAUUCAAAAGACCAGUUAUUAUUUCACACUCUUAUGCCACCAUUAAGAAGUGAAGCACAGCUGGUGCAAAUCUGGAACAGAGCUUCUGGUUUAACUUCAGUGCACACCCGUCCGAACGUACAGCCUAAAAGAACAUGUGAGAGGUGGGGAAGUUGCUUCAAAAUCACGAUAUGGCUCUGAACCAAAAUGCUGCCCUAGCUGCAGCUGGACACUGGCAAAAUGAGGAUUCCCCAGCAUGGAGCUUGGAGAUAAAAGGAAAAAAAAAAAAACCCAGCAGCCUUAGUGGGAGUAGCUAUAGCUCAUCCAGCAGGAAUGAGUAGUAGGAAUUAGUAGCUGCAUAAUAGCUUAUUGUAUGAUUAGUGUUGUAGGUGUCAGUCAUCUUACUGACUUAUAAUGUUAAGUAUAGGUGGUAAAGGUUAGACAAGAUGGAGUUCUUGUCAUACCUCUAAAAGGGGGACUGAUGUCUAUGGAUUUAUUUUUAGCUUUUUGUAGAUUUUAGAAGUAGCUGUAGUUAGUUCACCCUUUAGCACAGUAGUUUACACAUUUACCCAUCCCAAUUACCCCAUUUCAUAUCUAACUAUCUAAAUUCCUGUAGCUUGUUUAGACUUCCCUCAAGGUAGGCCUUCUUUCUGUUUAAGAACAUUUGCACCCUGGCUUGAACAACAAGAUACAUCAUAGGAACAACAAGAUACAUCAUAGUCAAAGCAUCCUUCAAAACCCAGAGUUUUGGAGGAGCUCCAAGGACUGGAUGUGCUGUGACUAAGAGGAAGAUAAGGAAGAGGGGGUCCCAGAACCCCCUAACUCAAUUGCCAAAGAGGCGUGCCGAGGGCAGAACUGGGAGGAACUGGGGAGCUGAUAAAUCUGGGAUUGGUUGGGAUAAUACCUUAUAUUGUGGAACUCCCUGGACAUGAGGUGCAUCGUGUGUAUUUCCCUGGGCCUAAGAGCCUAAUUAAAGGACCUGCUUGUCUUACCUUAUAUACUAAAUUGGCCUGGAGUUUUUUUCUCUGGGAUCUUUUGAGGCAUCAGUUUGGCCAUAGCUCAGCCAGCAGGAAUGAAAAUCACUGUGCCGCUGACCUGGCUGAAACAGAAGAGAAGCAUCAACAAAUGCAAUGACAGAUGAAAUUUGUUCUUCUCAUUGCUGUGGAUUUUGUCCACUAUUGACACGUGCCAUUAAAACUCUAAUAUAAAACGUUUGUCAGUAUGAGUCGCACUGGUGUGUGGCCAGUGGCAUGCCCUAGUUCUGCCCAGACCUCUUGGUAGGAUGAAGGUGAGGUGCAACUUGCAGGUGUUAUGUCUGGUCCCACCUUCCCAUGGGCCCAGGGUGGUGAGAGAGGGGUACUGGGACCUGUGGCAGUGCUGCAGUGACACAGUUUUCCCAGGAGGUUUGAGCACACUCAAGAACAUGUUUGCACAGGUAAGAUUACGGACUUGACACUGAAGUUUUCCAUGUUUACUCAAUGAGAUUUGCCUUUUAAAAAUAAUGGAGAACAGGAUGAUUGGGCAUUAAACAUCUGUUUACUGUGUUGAGGUAAAUGGUUUGCAGCAUCUACUUGGGUCAGACUCUAUUCUGAACUUUUCUGAGGUGCUUUAUACUUUGCUUUCUGACUGUUAUUGGAAAGUAAGUGGUAGACCAGUUUCUGUCACUAUGGAGGAACCUUCCAACCUAAGUCUACAACUAAACCAGGAGAUACUCUCUCUACAAACUAAAUAUAGGAUUGCUUUCAAAUAUGUAGGUGAGCUCAGCUGCACACAUUUCCUCCAUGCUGUCCAGCUGGCAUUGGUAUCCCACAUCAUGCUCCUGGUUAGGCAGAGAUUCUCUCUGACCUCUUUCUUCUCUUUGAUGCAAGCCCACCUCCUCCUCCUUUUUAAACUGUCACACUCUGCACACUCCUUGGAACAGGGAUGGGUUUUAUCUUAGUGUCUUGACUAAGGCUGAAUGCACAGUCAUUUAAAAACAGAUCAGUUUUUAUCUCGUUUUUAGCCCAUAGAAUUAGCUUUACAAAGGAAGUGUGUGUAGGGUGUUAAUUGUUGCUAUUCUGUGUUUCUCUAUGUUUGACAAAUAGGGCCACUUAUUACCUUGUAACCAGAUUAAAAAGUGCAGUGGAAUGUAAGCAGAAGUUGUGGUACUUAAUGUAAUUAUGUCAGCAAAUGAACUCUAGAAUUGGUUGUUUUGCUGUAUCUGAUCUCGGUCCUGGU